AUGGAAGGUUCCUUGGUUCCGGAUUCAGAGAACAGCAAAAUAGCGGGAGAGAAACCUAAACUAGACAAAACGAUGAAGGGUCCUACUGGGAAUGUGGCAAGGAAGAAGCUUGCCGACAUAAGCAAUUUGCCUCAGCAGCCUAAACCCUCGAACCAAAAGGAUAACUCACAGACUAUAACCAUGACCAGUAAAGAAUAUAUUGACCACCUAAAGAAGGAAAAUAUGUCGUUGAUGAAACUUGUAGUAGAGAGAAACAAAAUCAUUGAAUUGAGUGGAAUUGAGCUUCAGAAACUGAGGGUCAAUUUGCAGAAAGUGAUGCAACAGAAUUCGCAGCUUGCUCAAACCAACAGUCAGAUGCUGGCAGAACUAAAUUCAGGUAAAGAUAGGGUGAAAGUAAGCAAGUGUGAGGAAGCUCAGGAGUAUGCGCAAUCAGAUAGAGAUGACAAUAAACCUUGUACUACCAACAGAAGGCGGCAAUCAAAAAGUUUUGGCCCUUCUCCUGUCAAACAAAGUCAUGCUAAGGAGGAUGCUGAAAGCAAAAGGCUGUGUGUGAGAAGGCACUCUGCUAGAUUCAAAUCUGAAGAAUCAAAACCUACUGAAGACUUCUUUGAGAUAGAUGAAGCCAAAUUGCCUGAAUGUCCUUCGCGUGAUGAUCGAAUGCUGGAAGAUGGUUCAGCUACUAUGUCUUCAUUAGUCAAAACAGAGGAUAAAGAUGAGAGUUCUGGCCCGAUAUAUAAACCCCAAGAAAUUGGAAGAUCAUCUAUAGGAAGGCCAUUGCGCCAGGCAGCCAAGAAGGUUCAGUCAUACAAGGAAACUCCCGUUAAUGUGAAAAUGCGCAGACCUGAAUAA